AUGGCUGUGCUCCGUUCCUUGCUGCCACAGCUGGGGCUGCUCCUGUGCCUGGCUCUUUGGCUUUUCUCCUGCCUUCUCUUGCUGGUUCCUGUGAACAGGUCCAUCAGCGCGGUGAUUCUGAAAGCAAUGAACCAGAGCAGCCCCUCAGUGGGUGCCUGGGUUGGAGCAGAUCAGGAGUGCAACGACACCAGUGUCCUAUAUCGAGUGACAUCUUCCAACAGUUCCGUCGUCGUGGCAACGUGGAUAGUUCCCAAUUCUGAGAAUGGGACUAAAGUCAGCCUGCAGGUCUUCCUAGCUUUGGCCAAUCGCACAGCUAUCAGGACACCUGUGACCCUGGAAUGGCGAGCAACACCUGCACCCUUGACCCCCACCCCUAAGAUUCCUGAGACCAGCCAGACCACAACUGUGACUACAGCCAAGACACCAGCCAAGACCCCAGCCAUGACCACAGAGAAGACUAUGAGUACGGCCAAGACCACGACUAUGGCCAAGACCACGACUAUGGCCAAGACCACGACUAUGGCCAAGACCACGACAAUGGCCAAGACCACGACUAUGGCCAAGACCACAGCCAGAAGCCUGGCCGUCAACGCUCUGGGCAGUCCCCUUGCAGGUGCCCUCCACAUCCUGCUUGUUUUUCUCAUCAGCAAACUCCUCUUCUAGAGGAAACGGGGGAAGCAAAUCUCCAAUGACCUACAGAGAGCAUCCUCCCAAAGCUAGCUCCAGGCCAGUGCUUAAACAUGAGUGAAUGAAGAAGGUUCUAUGUCCACUGUGCACAACUCCGCCACCUCCAACCACAGACCUGUGACACUCUUUGAGGAACACAGACUUUUGCCUGGA